AAAUGUUGGAGGUCAUAACUGUCUUCCUAAUUCUGAUACUGUGUAUAUAUCGCUACAGGAAUGGAUUAAAAAGCAACUUUCCCGGUCCAACAGGAAUACCAUUCUUUGGAGUAGCAUUUCAGGUAGACUUUAAUCGUCUUCAUUUGAAGUUGUCCGAAUGGGCAUCCAUUUAUGGAGAGGCUUUUCAGUUUUCAGCCUUUGGGAAAUCAUACAUUUCGCUCAAUACAGCCGAUGCCAUACGAGACGUCUUAGGCUGCGAACCAAAUGCCAGUAUAGUUGCUUCCCGAGAACCGUCAUUUUUUGGGGAGUAUUGCCUGGAAGACUAUUCCGACAUUGUAUUUUCACCUUACAACAGAGAGUGGUCCAGUCGACGUAAAAUUGGUCAUCAACUCUUACAUACGUACGGAGCUGGUAUACGUUUGUUGGAGGCAGAAAUUUUACAGAAACUGAAGGAUGUUAAACAAUACAUCAAAGAUAACGAAGGGAAGGACAUAGACCCACAUGAUAUGGUGGAAGAUUUCCUAUGUAAAAAUUUAGCAUCACUGAUUGCUGGAACUACCGAUCGAAAACUGCACGGACUAAUGAAAGAUAUGGAUGACAUUUCCAACGACAUUGCAAUACCCUUAGUUGAUAACAUCUUUAAAACAUUUCCUUUCCUGCGGUUUCUUCCUUUUUCCAUGACCAAGAAACCGUUCCUCGUUAAAUCCAUGAUUGAAGACAUGACAAAGAGAAUAAAGCAAAUAACGGAAGAGCAAAAUAUUGAAAAGGGUAUUUACUACGAAUUGAAAAAUGCGGCGGAGACGCAUGGGCAUCAUCUUACAGACAAGGAAAUAAAGUGCAUUAUCACUAAUUUUGUUGGAGCAGGUUUUCUAACAACAAGAGGCACCUUAAUGUCACUUAUUAACCUUUUGGUGGAUUACCCCGAGAUUCAAAAUAAAGUACAGAAUGAAAUUGAUGACGUAAUUGGUAAAAGAGAUGCGCACAUCGACGACCGACCCUCCUGUCCUUUCACGGAGGCCGUUAUUCUAGAAACUCUACGUUACAUAUCCCACGCACCAUUGGCUAUCCCACAUUACACACUGGAAGAUUGUACCAUCAGGGGUCGCUUAGUUAAAAAGGGAACAAGAAUACUAACAAAUCUGUGGACUGUACAUCAUAGCGAAGAAUGGGAUGACCCAUUCGUCUUUAGACCUGAGCGGUUCCUUGACGAUUCUGGAUUACUUUUACCAGCAACACAUCCCUCUAGAAAAAGGCUGCUGGUGUUUGGAUUUGGCAAACGGUCAUGUGUGGGAGAAGUGUUCGCAAAAAACCGUACAUUCCUUUUUCUAGCAACAUUGAUGCAAACUUGUUCGGUGAUCAAGCCAUCUGGCCAAUCUACAACUCACCUUGAUCCACGAGCAAUGGUGCCUGGCAUCGUACUUCAACCUCAGUCCUAUCAAGUGCAAUUCAAGGCACGCGAAAUUUCUAGCAAUCAAUGAGCAUGCUCAGUCACAUGCACAAAGAGAUUGCCGUCAAUUUAUUGCUGGUUCGAAAAGAAUCUGCUUAAAAAUAAAAUAAUUUUUACACCCAGCUCCGAAAGAGAAUGGGAUACUGUUUUCCCCUUGUGGGUCUGUCUGUCUAUCCGUGUUUCUGGCCAUAAAAAAUUUUUGCGGUGUUCUCAGCAACUUCUCAUCGCAGAUGCUUGAAAUUUUAGCACAUUCUCUCCUGAGAUAUGCCAUAUGGUGGGAAAUAUUUUUGUUCAAAUCCGAUGUCAACUUCUUGUUUAUCCGUGCGUCUGUCAGUACCAGAUAUAACAAUUUUUCUUCGCAGUAUUCUCAGCAACGUCUCAUUACAGAUGUUUGAGAUUUUGGCAUAUACUUUGUUGAGGCAGGUCAUAUGGUGGGUAUUAUUUUAAUAUGAAUUUUCUUUCAAUUUCCUAUUUAUCCAUGCUUCUACCUGUAAAUGAACUUUUGUAUAUUAACACGAUAGUGUAUAUUCUCAUGCGAGCGGGGGUAUUACUAGUGAGCAUUGGCUCGAGGACGUCUUGUUCUUCAUAUAUCACUAAUCAGAUGUAAACUUAUUUGUUAAAUGUUCCUGUAUAGAGUCGAAACGAAGAAGUAAAUCAAA